CGGUGUGAAGUUAGCUACAGGUGGUGACAAGCCUAAAAAUAAUUAUUGAGCGUCAUUUUGUAGAAAGCGAUAAUAGUCAUCACGAAAGAAGAAAACCCCGUAAUCUAACGAUUUCGUUCACAUCACCCAUAAAAGCUUGUCUUUGGCGUCAGUUUUCACACAAUUUCGGCCACAUCAACCGAUUGACAAAUUAAAAAAAUUUUUUGAAUUAAAUAAAUCGCGAUAAAGGAAAACUUGUUAAACUCAAUGAGUUUUCGCGGUGGUCGAAACCGCGGGGGUGGUCCCCCUCGGAGUAGCAGAGGAAGGUUUCGAGGCCGUUCAAGGGAACGUAGCCUGUCUCGGGAGAGAGCACGUCAUCGUAACGCUAGGAGUCGUUCCCGCGAGAGAAGGUUAAGUCGGGAACGAUUUGUUUCACCGCCGCGUAGGAAUCGCGGUGAAAGGGGGAGAUCAUUCGAAAGGUUUCGUAGUCCACCGAGGGAUCAUGCCUUUGAAGAGAACUUUCUCCCUCCGCGAUUUGAAUAUCCCAAUUUGGAGGUGGCUCCGAUUGAAAAUUUCGAUAGGAUCGAUAGAGAAAGGGGGCAUGAUAUAGAGAUUAUUGAGGAUCGUAGAGGAAGUCCUGGGUGGAGAGGUGCAACUCCUAGAACUCGAUUUUCCCCCGCAAGAAGAGAAGUGGAGUUUUCGCGGGGGGCUUCUCAAGAAAGACAGGAUCAUUAUCCGUUGAAUGUUUUUGAGGGUAAAGAAGACGAUAAACAGGAUCCUUGGGUGAAUAAUUCCGGGGUGAUUCCCACUUUUGGACAAGAAAAAAGUAGCUCGUUAAUUCCUGAAUUUAACCCAGAUAAUGCCCAAUUAACUUCGAGGGCUUUUUUAAAACACGUAGAACGAGUUGCUGUUGAACAAAAAUGGAAUAAUGAAGACAAAAAGUUCCAUUUUUCAACGAAAUUAAUUGGAACAGCUAAAGAAUGGUUUAUAACGGGAAAUAAAAUUUUAGAUCCUUGGGUACAAAUUCGCAAAUCGUUUUUGCGCGCUUUCCCAUCAGAAAUGGAGUAUUAUUCUUUGUUGGAAACGAUGAUGAAAAGGACGAAAACGCCGGAUGAAGAUUUAAGCACCUAUUUUAAUUACAAAAUGGUUCUUAUAAAUAAUUGCAAAAUAACGGGAAGAAGGGCUGUAUCGUGCUUAAUUGGAGGAUUAAGCGAAUUGGUUCAAAAUGUAAAAGAAGAGGCUUUAGAACAUAAUUUCCCAACGCCGGAAGAUUUAUACAAUUUCCUUAAAGACAAAGAUGUCGAUAACUCGAAGAAAACCUUUCAAAAAGUGAACCCAACCAGCAAGAAAAAGUGUUACCGUUGCAACGAUUACGGCCACGUCUCAUACGAAUGUCCCAAAGGAAAAGAAAUGGGGGAGAAACCAUCAAAACCAUCGGCAAAAGAAGAAAAACAGCCAAAAUACAAAGACGUACAAUUAUUCGGUUGGUUAACAAAAGCGAUUUUCGACGAUUCUCAUCCGCAUAUAACCGUUCGUGAAUCGGAUAUGGAAAAUUUUGAAGUUAAAUAUAAAAGGCAAGUUUCCAUAAUUGAUGGAUCAAACGGAAUGAAGUUAACGUCGUUGGGACAAGCGGUUGUUCAUUUGAAAGUUGAUCUUUUAAGUUCCGACGUGAAUGUUCACGUUGUAAAGGAUCAAACUCAAACGGUCCCGAUUAUUUUGGGGAAAGCGAUGCGCAAAUACGCGCAUUAUAUCGAAGAUAGAAAAGGAGUGCAUUUUUCUCCGCUUGAGAAAGGUGCCGGUGAGGGGAAUCGGAAGGAGUCCAGAGCUGCUAGGUCCCCAAAUAGACAUGGACCGUCCUCGCAAGGAAACUUUAAAGAUUCUCAUCCGUUUCUAAGUAAAUUUUAUGGUAAGUAAAUUUUUAUUUUUAGCAAUUCUUUUUUUA